AUGGAAGACUCUCCUUCUGAUACAGGAUAUCGGACUGGCAACCUGCUCUUGAUUGAGACGGUUGAGGGACAAGUCUACGUGACUUGGGUGUUGAUCGCCCAUUUUUCGCUGGCCAUGGCUUACGAUGAUGAGCAUCAGAGAAAAGAGAGAAGAAAACUAUGGCAAUUGCCCUCUUCAGACUAUGAAAUUCUCGCCUGUGGCGGAUAA